AUGAUGGUAUUUCUCUACUUCUCCAUCCUCCUCUUCUCCAAGGGUGGGGAUGCAGAAAGAUAUCGUUCCCCUCCCCCCUACCAUGUCCAUGAGAAUUUUGUUUCCCCAACUCUGAUGAAAAUGGACAAGAAGGGAGAUGGUGAUAAUGAAGUGCAUGGCCUGGAUGAUCAGGAUUUUCUGGAUUUAUCAAAUGAUGGCACAGAGGCAGGGGAGCCAAUCAACUGCCAAGGUCAAGUCUUCUAUUGCCAAACUUGCAGAACAACAUGCUCAGGACCUAAGGGUUGGGAAUCUCACAUCAAUGGAUAUAAGCACAGGAAGAAAAGUGCAGCAGUACAUUCAUCAGUGAAGAUGGAUUGGGCACAGCUCUUCAUAUGCCGGCUCUGUGACAUCAAGUGUGUGGGCAACAUCCCAUUUGCUGCUCACAUCAGUGGGCAUAAACAUAAACGGGCUUAUGAACUUCAAAUACAGAGGGGAAGGAAAAUACCAGAAGCCAUUGUGCCAUGGGAUUAUCAGCAUGAUCCCUACUAUACAUCAGGAAAGCCAAUGCUCCCCUUGAGGAAUUUAGGCACAGGAAAGAAGACCAAAAAAGCAAAAUCAACAGCCCAGAAUCUCAAAAUUGUUGAAGGAGACAUCAAAGAUGCUGAGGGUCAGAUGAAGGCUGAUGAUAUGGAUGAUGUUCCUAUUCAAGUGGAAGAUGCAGGAGACCUGGUUCCUGAUGAUGAUGUGGAGGUUGUGGACAUGGAAAUUGAUUCAUCUGCUGAAGAAAAUAACAGGGUAGAGCAAGAAGCCAUGGAAAGCUUGUUUCAAGAGGUUGAAGAUCGGCUUUGUAUGAGUGAGAAGAGCAAGAUCAAUAACCAAGAUGGACGGUAUAACCAACGUGAGAAGCAAUUCUUGCGCUGUCUUCGUGUCAUCCUCAGCUUGGAUGACUUGUUCAAACCUUCCUUGAGACAAAAUAUACGAAAUCUAAUGGCUGCAGCCAAUCACGUACAUGAUAGCAAGAAAGCAUCCUGCCUGGAGUUGCUCUUUGAGUCCAUUGUCAUCAACACUUUGGAAGAAGUAUCUGAAGCUCUGACAGUUGUGAUUGAGAAUUCAAAAUCUAGUGAUCUAGAUUUGGCUGAUGGAUUUGAGAAUCUCAGUGAUGCUGAGGAAGUACUAAUGGAUAUUCAUGAGUUUUGGUCUCUUAUGCGUGAUCUUGAGAAGGAACAUGAGAAGCAGAACAGAUUGCAGUCCAACAAAGAAGCAAAUCUAACUACAGAACAGUCUUCUUCCUAUGCCACCCAGACUGUGCUGAAAAGAAGCUCAGGAGCAGUACCAAAGAAUUGGGAAACCAGUGCACAGAAGGAGCCUCAAAAGCAAGUUGACAUUCAGAAAGUGUUAGCUUCACUAGAACCCAGUUUGCUUAGGGCAAUUGCAAGCAUGAAAGAUCAGAAUCUCUUUCGAUCUAAAGACAGUCAGUCAGAUAUAACCCAGAAAAAACAGUAUUUUAUACCAGCAGCUGGUUCUCUCCUGGAAUCUCACAAAAGGAUUAGUUUGCAGGGGUCCACAUCCAGUCAUUCACUGGAUUCACAGAAGAUCAAAGGACCUCCUAUGUACCAAGUACCAAGCCAAGCCAUUCCAAUCUCAUCAUCAAGUUCAAUUUCACUUCAUGCAAAUCCAUCAGAUGCUUCCCUACAAGAAUUGUCUUCUCCUCCUUCAGCUGCCUUAGAAUCCAGGAGUAAGACUAAUGGACAGGGAUCUAUCUCCAUUCAUCAUAAACAGCAUCAUAUAAAGGCAAGAGAAUCUCCCUUUCAUGGAGCAAAGGAGUCAGAUACGGUGAAUCACCUGAAAUACAUGGCAACUCUCAUAAAACACUGGCCUUCUCUUCCUAUGAAUGUCAGGGUCAAGGUCAUCCAUUCUGUAUCCAUGCUAGAGAAGACUAGUUCAACAGUGUUGGAAGAUAUUGGGUGCAAAAAAUGAUUCCUGUGUCUCUUGUUGGGGUAUUUUUUUUUCAUUUCUCCUUGUGUCUCCCUAUCAUUUUCUAGCUCUUUUAAAUUGUACUGUACUCCUCAUCUUGUGUUCAAGCUUUCUAACAAUUAAUUGUUUGCAUUUUUGUUUCUAGGUCCUUAGAGUGGGCUCUGAUACAGGCAUCUUUGCUUAAGAUGACCAGUAAUCCAACUCUGAUAUGGUUAUGUGAAGUCUGAAUCAUUGGAACCUCAUCAUUGGAAUUACUCUAUUUCUUAUGUUGUAACUUUUUGCUUUUACACACUCUUGAUUGUCUUAUGUCAGAACUUGCAGUGAGUGUUCCAUUUUGUAUAUUCCCUCUUUAUUUUCAGUGUGCCAUUCUUCAUCAUAUUUUUAUUUGCUUACUUCAUUGUCUUAUAGUUGAGUCCCAAAUUUCCUGUUUCUGCUUUGUGCACCUCUGUUGAUCUGAUGAAACUUGAAAAAGCAGCUGAGUCAGCUCAUGAUUGUGAUGUUCAUCAACAUUAAAAUCUUGAUUUCUCUGUCCACCUAUGUGACAGUUCUCAUUUGCAUUCCACUGGCAUUGUAUAGACAUUUAAAUUAUUCUUAUGUAAUUUCCCCCACUCUGAUUCAGAGUUAUUAUAGAUGCUAAAAAAUGAAGCUUGUCUCAUUCCGUAUGCAGGUUGCAAUAUGUUUUUAUGGUGUUCUCUCUCUUGCAGUGAGCUGUGCAUUAACCUGAUAGAUGCAGGGUUGAUUCGCAUUGAUUGCAGUUAUGAGUCAUUUACCUCUACUUCCUUUCCUUCAAUUUUUCCUUGUCUUUGAUGCAGCCUAUCUGUGUUACUCUAUGAAAAGGUGUUUUUAAAUGAAGUUUGCUACUGUAUUGAGGAA